UAAUAACUAACAAAACUAUGUACAUGUAGUAAUUGCAGGUUUCAGGUAUCAUUAUUGGUUCACGUAAUCGUUUAGACUCCAAAUGGUCACUAUUGGUAAGUCUACUUGCCAUAAGCCUUCGGAAGUUGGAGAAAGGAAAAAGUGGUAAAGUGUGCAUGCGAAUGUGAUAAUCUUUCAUCCACUCGAUCGGUCUUAUAAUGUCAAGAGACAUGUGUCUAGUGGUUUAGAGAGACUCAUCAUAAAUAUACUAACCUUUUAUUUGCCUUAUUGCCUAUUGGACAGUAAUAAGGAAUAAGGAACGGUUUUACCCUAAUGCUACGUUUACUUAAAAGGAAUGGGAAUGAAUGGUAUGGUAUUGAGAAUGAAUGGUAUGGUAUUGAUUCCCAUACCAUUGUUUACAAAAUUUUGGAAAGGGAGAAACUAGGACUUUCACAAAUUAGGGAGAAAACAAAGGGAAAGGUUCUCCCCCAUUUUUAUAGAGAAUGUUUUUUCCUUUCCUUACUUAAUUUAUUUUAAUUUUAAUUUUAAUUUUAUUAAUUAAAAAUGAAAAAGACAAAUAUAUCCCUUAAAAAUCUAUAAACAGAAAAUAAUUACAUGUUCUAAUAAUGACAAUUUUGUCAAAUUAAAGCAUUCCGAUUACCUUUCCUAGUUAUGUAAACAAAAUAAUAUGAUUCUGGUUUUUUUUCCGGAUAGUUUAGUAAACAUCAUAAUAAUAUUUUUCCUGCGAUUAGUUAGUGAUUAUAUGAGACACGAUACACUUAAUUAAUUAGUGAUUGAUAUGGAGCACUAAGCACUACAAAAAAUAGCUACUUUUAGUGACAACUUUUUAGUCACAACAUAAAUUUUAUGUGACUAAAUAUGAUUUUAAUUUAGUCACAACAAAAUAUUACUUAGUCACAACAAAAUAUUACUUGUGACUAAAACAUAACAUUUAGUUAUAAGUUGUCACUAAUUUUAGUUUUAGUCACAACUAAAAACAUAUUUAGUCACAACAAAUUAUAAUUUUUGUGACUAAUACAUUUAACCACGAACCUUUUAGUCACAACAUAAGAAUGAUGUUUUAUAAUUAGUCACAAUUUUUUUUUUUACUUUUAGUCACAAAUUUUGUUGUGACUAAAAGCAAAAAAUUUUGUAGUAAAAGUAUCUAACACUAUUAUGAGGUGGCACCUUAUAAUUGAUUAUUGAUUUUUCAUAAUCUUUAUUAAAGUAAAAUAAGUGAGAUUCGAUAUUAAAUUAUACAAAUAACGAUACUAUACCUCACAAAUAGUGUUAGACACGAGUGUCCUUUAACAAUUCUUAAUAGUAAAUUGGAAGGAUCUCUAAUGACAUUUCUUUUAGAAGUUUUUGCACCAGGGAACCUAAUUUUGCACUUAUUUACGGAUUUGGCCUCGCUUUAAAUAAUACGGUUUUAUACCGUUUUUUUUUCAAAUUUUUUAUGCCACGUAUACCGUUUAUUGUGUUAUUGGUUUUGUCCAUAUCUGAUACGUGUAUUACACGUUUAUAGGGAUAUAGCUAGAUUUGCCUUUUUCAGUUAGUCCCAAUCAGUCACGAUCAUUUCCUUCUUUUUCUUUAAUCUUCUCUCUCUCUCAUUGUUCAGUUUCAAAACUUUUUUUGCUUAACCAGUCACGAUCUUAGACGGUUUAUUUCCUCAAGGUUCUAUAUAUUUUGAAUUGAUCAAGUAAGAUUUCUUUAUGUUUAUGCAUUUCUUUUUUAUUUUUUUUUCUGUUCUUCUUCUUUAAGUUUUUCGAAAUAGAACUGAUUUUUAGGGUUUGUUUUUGUGAUCUGUAAGAGUUUGAAUGUGGUGGUAUGGCUAUUACUAGAAGUUCGAUUUCUCCAUCACCGUCUGGUUCGAAAAGAAAAGAUGUUGGUGAUGAGGAAGGCAAUGUGAGGAAAAUGUCUUUGGGUGAUGAUAAGAGUGAUGAUUCUGUUAGCAGGGAUGUUGUGAAUGAGAGGAGGAGUAAGAAGAGUAACGAUCCUGUGUCUAAGGAUGUUGUGAAUGAGAAGAGUAAGAAAAUUAACGAGAAGGUUGCUGAGAGUGUGAAGAAGAGUUCAGUGAGUUCUUUGGCGAAGAAAAAGAGUCGUGUGCCUGAUAUUGUUCCUGAUGAUCGUAAAUCGAAGAAGUUAAAGUUGAAGAGUGUGGCAGAGGUUGAUGAAGGAGAUCUAGAUUCUGAGGAUGAAAGUAGUAUUGCUAUUCCUUCGAAAGCCAAGUUGUGGGAAUUUUACUUGAAGCCAGAGGAAAGAUUUUGUGGUAAAAUCAUUUUCUGGGCUCAUAAUGAUGAUGUUUUAGUAGAUAUUAGAGCAAAAUUGACUGAGAAGCAGCGUGCUAUGUUUGUUGCAACUUGUUUUGGGCAUUUAUUGGAUAUUCAGUCUUAUAAGUUGCAGCAUCAGAUUUUUCACACUGCAUUGAAUAGGGAAGUCCAUCAACCAAAUUCGAAAGAGAUGUGGUUUGAUUUUGGUCAUGAUAGGGUUCGUUUUGGUUUAGGGGAGUUUGCUGUUAUUAGUGGUCUGUUGUGUAAGGGUGAUAUUGAUAUGAUGAAGUAUGUUGGGAAGGGAGACGUGUUUGUAGAUAAGUACUUUAGUGAUAUGACGGUGACUCAUGGAGCCGUUAAGCAGCGUUUUCUGAGUAGUACUUUUAAAGAUGAUGACUUUGCAGUUAGGAUGGCAGUGUUGUAUUUGGUUACUAACUACUUGUUAAGCAAACCUCCAGAUAAACAUGUUAGUAUUGAGUUGUUACAUUUGGUAGGUUCGGGUGAGUUUGAUAGUUUCCCAUGGGGCAAGGUUGUUUAUGAUACUACAUUGUACUAUUUGAGGCUUGGUUUGAAAGGUAAGAAGGGUGCUAAAUUGAAAGCUCUUGCUAAGGCAAAAGGAAUUGAUAAGAAGGGGAGUGAUUCAAAUUGUAAAACUUACAAAUUGGCUGGGUUUCCUUUCAUCUUCCAAGUUUGGUUGUAUGAGGUUAUUCCUCUUUUUAGAAGUCAAAACAUUUGUACUUUUGACCCUUCUUCAACAUAUAGGGUGUGUAUGUGGUCCAGUGCGAAAGAAGUUACUUCAAGUGAGGUAGAGAGGAAAAUCUACUUGUCAUCUAAGCUUUCAGUUACUCCUGUGUUUCCUUCUGCUGAGGAGAAUGAGAAAUUUGAUCUUACUGGAUUUAAUUUUUCUUAUUUUUCAUUGUCUGAUGAUGAUUUUGAGAGUGUGAAAGUACCUAAGAGGCAGUUAGACAAGGGUGAGUCUUCAGGUGUUAAGGAAAAAGUUACUGUUGGGGGUCCUAUGUUUGAUGAUGUUAAACAUUAUGUGAUGCGUAUUAUCAAUAAGCAAUCUGAGAUUGGGAGUUCUUUGAAGGAGCUGAGGAAGGAUAUUGAUGAUAAGUUUGUUCAUUUUGAGAGUAAAAUGAAGGCUCACAUUGAUUCUAAAAUUGAAGAGGGUUUGGUUUUGUAUUUGGAUAAGAAGUUUUCAGAUUUAAAUGAUGUGUUGGAGGGCUUGAAAGAUUGUGUUAAUAGUCAGAGGUAUGAUGAUCAAAAUGGUGGUGAUGGGAGUGAUGAUAGUGGUGGUGCGGAUGAUGAUGGAAGUGAUGGCGGUGAUGGCGGUGAUGGUGGUGAUGACAGUGGUGAUGGUGGUGACGGGGACGAUGAUAAUUCUGAUUCUGGGAAACUUGAUGAUAUUGAUGUGGAAAAUGAGGAUGAUGGUGAGGGUAAUGGUGCAGCUGUUGAUGAUUUGGGUGGUGUUAAAGAUGAUGGUGCUGAAGUUUAUAAGGAAAUAAGACAAAUAUCAGAUGCUGUUGUUAAUGAAGUUGUCGUUCAGGCUGGUGAUCAACAUGCUGAGGAUUGCAUGGAUAAGGUUGGUAAUGAUCGUCCAAGUUUUGAUAUUAUGGGUUCCUUGUUGGCCCAGUCUGAAAAUGUUGUAGAUUUGUUGGAAGAUAAAAAAAUUGUUGGGGAUGACAAUGUUAUAGAAGCAUCUAAAAGGGAUAGUGAGAGCACUGACGAUGGUAUUACAUCUGCUGAGAUGUUAAUUAUAUCAGAGAAAGUGGAUGCUGUUUGUCAUGAUUAUGAGUUGAAGAAGAGUAUGGAAAAAUCCAAAGUUAUUGAUUUGGGUAGUGCUGGUACCCCAAGGGAUUUGGAAGGUGUUAUUAGAAUUGACUUUGGUGAUUCGUCCGGAAAAUCUGAUAAGAUUGGUGAAACAAAGUAUUUGAAAGGUCUACACCCUUUCAAUUCUGAGUUGCUAGAUCCACCGCAUUGUCUUCAACAAGAUUCAUUUGAUGAGUGGUUUCUUGAUGGCUUUAAUGACCAGAAUAAGAAGAAGAAGUUUGUUAGGGGAAAGAACAUGUUGGAUUCACCUUUGGAUUUCUCAAUUGAUUCUGUUAGUGAUAAAUGGUGGUUUUAUGAUCUAUUGACGCCUGGGAGAUGUUUGUCUGACUCUCAUUUGGAUGUUAUAUUUUACUACUUGAGAAAGAAACUGAAGUAUGAUCCUCGGGUUACUGUUUCUGCAACUACGACAGAUUUUAAUUUUUACAACAAGGUGGUUGAGUUGUAUGAUAACUUUGUGAAGUCUAAGAAAAAUAUUGAUUCUGUGCCUAAGAGUAAUAUGGUAAUUGAGUAUAUGGAGGGGUAUUGUAUGUAUGCUAAUACUCGGUGGUUGUUUGUUGAUUAUGUUUUGAUAUAUGUUCAUGUCAAAGAUGAUCAACAUUGGGUUUUAGUUGUUUUUGAUAUAAAGAAUAGGUGUCUCAAUGUCUAUAAUUCAAUGUGGUCGAAAAGAGAUGGUGACAAGACGACAGGAUUGUAUAUCAGGCCUCUUGCUGUUAUGUUGCCAAUAUGUUUGCAUUUGAUGGACUUUUAUAGUCGAAGGGAGGAUAUUGACCGGAGCAAAGGUUGGUUUAGAGGGAAGAAAGACAGUGACAAGCUUGAUGUGUUUACUGUGACUAAUCUGCCUCAGCAAUUGGAUAAUGACUGUGGGUUGUUUGUUGCUAAGUAUGCUGAGUUUUUUAUCCACGGUGCGAUUGAUUUACUUCCAAAUCCAUUAGAUGUGAAGUUCUUUAGAAACAAGCUUGCUGUGGAUCUGUAUGUUCAUGCUAAGAAGAAGGAGAUCAAUGGGUACGAGUCUGAAUCUGAGUUUCCAGGGAGGAUUGGAAGAAGUGGACAGAAAUGAAGGCUUAGGUUUAGAAGUGGACAGAUUGGAAAAUGCAUAGUAACUUUUUUGGAUUGUUUGUAAAUAGUUACAAUAUA